AUGAGCUUACAUAGCCCGUUCUGGGGCCCUCCGAGCUCCAAGUCCAAGUCAGUGUGCUACUCCUGUUCGGUCAACCUGAUUUAUGCAAUCUAUGGACUCCGUCAACUGCGACAAAAAUUGAAUGUUGACUUCUUCCGGGCUCUCCCAUAUUGGGGCUUGAUGGCGGUUGGGAUAUGCUCUGGCAUAUUUCAUACCAGUCUCCAAUAUCACACGCAAAUGAUGGAUGAUCUUUCCAUGCUAUUCACGACAACCCCAGUCCUCCACCGAGCCCUAACAGUCAAUGCAGACCGCAGACAAUCAAGCAUCACUGCGAUCAUCUUAGCUUCGGCUCUUGCACUUAUUGUCACCUACCAUAUGGUGACGAAUGAGAUACUCUUACACUCCGUGACUUUUGUCGUGUCCAUCUUCAUCAUCGGAGUUCGCACUAUCCAAUUGAUUAAGACUCGAGUCCCAGCCAAGUCAAUCGCACGGAAGCAGAUUUGGGGGAUGGUGCGAUUCGGGGCUGGGUAUGCAGUUUGGAUUAUUGAUAGAUUGGCCUGCGGCUUUUUGAGAGACUCUCGCAGAGCUAUAGGGCUACCUUUGGCUUUUGUACUAGAACUACACGGAUGGUGGCAUAUUUUCACUGGCGUUGGUGCCUAUAUUUUCAUCGCGGUGAUUGAUUACCUCGUAUCUAACGAUGAUCACUUGGAUGUUGAAUCUUUUGCUUGGCCAGCUUCAUGGGCUUCUCAGUCAAUAUUUGCCGGAACCAGCUCCUCAACCACCGAGAAGCAAGAUUGA